GACGCAGCGGCAAAAGACAGCCGGAGCAAGUCAUGUCUGCCCUCGGCAACCUGGCCAACCUGGUCAAUGACCUAGCCAAGACAGACAGCAUGCAAGACAUUGCCGAGUCGAUUGCGGACCUCAACCACCUGACGCUCAAGGACCUGGACCUGAUCACCCAGCUCGGGCGUGGCGCUUAUGGUGAUGUGUUCAAGGUCAAGGUUUUGGAGACGGGGGAGGAGCUGGCGAUGAAGGUGAUUUCGAUGCUGGAGGCAGACGCGACGCACAAGUCGCGGACAUUGCUGGAGGUACGGACGCUGCAUGCGUCGGCGUGUCCGCAUCUGGUCUCGUUCCGUGGCGCGUUUGUGGACGGUGACGACCUGCACAUUCUGCUCGAGCUCAUGUGGGGCUCGCUGGAGGACUUGUCUGAGCUUGUCCGCGGCGUCAUGGGCGACGACUACCUCGUGCCCGAGUUUGUGGUCCAGCACGUGGCGCAUGCAGUGACAACCGCCAUGCGCUACCUCAAGAAGGAGUUCAAGGUCAUGCACCGCGACCUCAAGCCGGCCAACAUCCUAGUCAACUCGGCGGGCAUGGCCAAGCUCUGCGACCUCGGCCUCUCCAAGGUCCUCACAGACUCGAUCACCAAGACCCAGGUUGGCUCCAAGGCCUACAUGUCACCCGAGCGUCUGACCGAACCCUCGUACGACGUCCGCGCAGACGUCUGGUCGCUCGGACUCGUCCUCGUCGAGCUCGUCACCGGGGAGUACCCGUACGCAUACCUUGACCAGCCGCUGCGCAUCCUUACCGCCAUUGCCGAGGGCGUCGUGCCGGACAUGCCCGACUCGCUCCCGUACUCGGACGAGUGCAAGGACUUUAUCAAGACCUGCCUCCAGCCCGACCCGGCCAACAGGCCCAAGCCCAAGGCCCUCAUCAAGCACUCGUUCCUCAAGUCCAAGUCCUCCGACUCGGCCGCCUUUGCCGACUGGAUGGCCGACUUGACCCGCCAGUACGAGGAGAUCCACGGCGAGUCGUUCAACUGACCUGAAACGGCCCACUGUCCUCUGCCCACCCACGACCUCCAACCCUGCAUCGCGAUAAAGCCAUCUGCAUCCUUGCCCCUCUGACGCCAUCCCGUCUCCAACCAGAGAAAUAAAAAGAAAGCCCCCCUCCCU